GACUUGGCAAGUACCGUAGCGAAACUCACGAGUUCCUCUCCGACUUCCGAUAGUUCCUAGUCGUUCGGUAUUUCAAGCCCGGACAAGACGAGCGCUCUCUCGAACAAUGAAUCUGCCACGAGUCAAGCCUCGACUCUGGGUGGUAUAAACAGGGCAUGCCCUAAGGUUCAGAGAAAAUGCGCCCACUCUCGUCUGCCCUCUUGGGCUCCCUUCUUGCUUCCACUGCCAGUCUCGCGAUACCGGAUCAGUCCGCUGCCGAAGCCCACCCUCCCCGAGCCCGAGAUGAACUCACCGCAGAGAGCGUAUCCGUCUCGCUCUUCGGCUCGCUUGAGCGCACGGCGCGCCUGGUGGAUAUAGCCUACUGCGUGGGAACGACGGGCGUAUAUCCGCCCUUCGCGUGUGCCUCCCGAUGUAAAGACUUUCCGACGCUGCACCUCGUCUCGACGUGGAAUACGGGGGUGUUCCUGGGCGAUAGCUGCGGCUACUUAGCCGUGGAUCACGGCCUGGAGCGGGAAAGGGACGGCGACCGACCCCACGAACCUACCAUUGUGCUGGCGUUCCGCGGGACUUACAGUAUCACAAACACCGUCGUGGACUUGAGCACUAUACCGCAGGAGUACGUACCGUAUCCGGCGCCUGACGACGGCGACGGCGACAGCGACGGAAAGGACAAGCCAGAGCACAGAUGCGCCAAUUGCACCGUCCAUGCGGGCUUCCUUGCCUCGUGGCGCAACGCCCGCGAGCUUGUCCUGCCCCACCUGAAAGCCGUUCGCGACAAGCACCCGUCCUACCCCGUCCACAUCAUCGGGCACAGCCUUGGCGGCGCCGUGGCAGCCCUCGCGGCCCUGGAGCUGAGGCUGUCCCUGGGCUGGGAGGACGUCACCGUCACGACGUUUGGAGAGCCACUGGUGGGGAACAGUGGGUUCGUCGCGUACCUCGACGCGGCGUUUGACCUUGACAAGGACGAUGGCUACGACCCGGACCUGGAGCAGCGGCCGUACCGACGGGUGACGCACGCCGGCGACCCGGUGCCGUCGCUGCCGCUGGAAGAGUGGGGAUUCCGGCCACACGCCGGCGAAAUCUACAUCACUAAAUCUAGUCUUCAGCCUGCGGCCAAAGACGUCCGGUUAUGCCGGGGCGAUAGAGAUCCAAGGUGCAUUGCCGGGGCUGACGGUAGCGCCAGCGGCGCUUACCGGGAGGUGAUAGGCAGCCCGGCCACGGGAGAAGACAACGAUGGGGCUACCGUGGGCUGGACAGGGAAGUUUAGGGGGCUCCCCGCGCGGCUGAGACUCUGGGAGCUGCUCUUCGCGCACCGCGACUACUUCUGGAGAUUAGGACUCUGUAUUCGGGGAGGGGAUCCUUGGGACUGGGGAAGGGACCGAUACGACGUCUCAUCCUUUGGCGAUGAGCUCUGAGAAUGGCACAUGAUAUAGGCCGCCUGCACCAUUCGUACUGUACAUACAUGCAUCCAUUGGGCAUGGGUAUACCUACUUGAGAUUAGCCUUGGAGCAAUGCGUUUUUGGAUUUUUAUUCUGCGUUUUGGAUUUUACGGGCUGCAACUUGGAAGACGACCCUUGAUUAAGGUCCAGGUGCUUACGGACAAGGAGAGAAAAGGGGGCUUUGCAGGCAAGGUAGCUCUGCAACAACUUCAUUGGUGAUCAGCCUAAGCCAGCACUUAGUAUAGUGUCAACCACCCGGGUAAACUUGCCACGAGUGAAAUCGGAGGUAUGGAUGACUCCAGGCUACGGGUGCGCGACGCUGAUCAACCAGCCUCCACCGCCUACCUUUCCAGUUUCCCGGCCCAAACUAAGGUACCUACCUAGU